AUGCGUGGGCACUUCACGUGCGGCUUGUGCACUGACCAGGCCGGCUGGGAGCUGCAGUUCAGGAGCCGGGUUUGGUGGCGGCUCCGAGUGGCCGCGGUCGGUGCGGGUGUGAGCGGCUACAGGGGUCUGGGUGCCCCGGCUCCGAGUGUCCGCGGUCCGGCCAUGGAUGCCAACACCAGCCGCCUGAUGCCGAGCGGCUGCGGGAACCAGUCGAUGCUGAUCAAUGGGUCGUGCGAGGAAUCGCGGAGAGGAGAGGGGCGGUCGGGGAGAAGAGAGGGAUCUGCGGUCCACAACUCCCUGACAGUGGCCACGCAAGUGGACAGAGCGAGUUGGGAGUACUGGGUGCGCAUCGUGCUGUACGCGGUGAUCUUCCUGCUGAGUGUGGUGGGCAACGCGCUGGUGAUCGCGGUGCUGGGGGCCAACCGGCGCCUGCGGACGGUGACCAACUGCUUCCUGCUGCGCUCGCUGGCGGGCAGUGACCUGCUCCUGGCGCUGGUCUGUAUGCCCUUCACCCUCGUGCCCAACCUGCUGGGCGACUUCAUCUUUGGUGCCGCCAUGUGCAAGAUCACCGCCUUCUUCAUGGGUACCUCGGUGACGGUGUCUACCCUCAGCCUGGUGGCCAUUGCUCUGGAGCGCUACAACGCCAUCUGUAAACCGCUCCAGUCCCGGGCCUGGCAGACACGCUCCCACGCCUGCCGUGUGAUCGGCCUGACCUGGGUCCUGGCUGCCCUCCUCAUGGCUCCCUACCCUCUGUACAGCCGCCUCUCCCCCUUUUCCCUUGGGGGUGAUGGAUCCACAGCCCAUCUCUGCCGACUGGCCUGGCCCAGCCUCGCCGUCCACAGAGCCUGGUACGUGCUGCUGUUGCUGGUGUUAUUAUUCGUGGUGCCGGGCGCGGUGAUGGCCGGCGCUUACGGCAUGAUCUCCCGCGAACUUUACCGCGGCAUCCGCUUCGAGCUCCGGCAGCGGCAGGAGGCCAAAGCACAGGCGGGCGGUGGAGGUGGCGGGGGCGGGGGGGGGGGUGGGGGAGGGGACUCGUCGGAGGACGGGGACGGCUGCUACGUACAGACUGGGAGGAGACGGACCUCGAUGGAGAUGUCUGGACCAGACGGAGGGAGAGUGCGGUGCAGCGGCUCGGAGUCGAAGCUGGAGGGCAAGAAGCGGGUAGUGCGGAUGCUGAUGGUGAUUGUGGGCAUGUUCUUCCUGUGUUGGAUGCCCCUGUACACGGCCAACACGUGGCGGGCCUUUGAUCACGCUAGUGCCACACGCGUGCUGUCCGGGGCCCCCAUCUCCUUCAUCCACCUGUUGACCUACACCUCGGCCUGUGUCAACCCCCUGGUCUACUGCUUCAUGAACCGCCGCUUCCGCCAGGCGUUCCUCGCCACCCUGGCCCGCUGCCUCGCGCCCAUCCGCACCCUCACCGCCCACAACGACCAGCCCACCACCACCGCCACCUCCCUCUCCAAGUUCAGCUACACCACCGUCAGCACCGUGGGCGGGCCCUGACCUCUGAUCCACACUGACCUCUCACCCCACCAACCUCUGACCCACACUGACCUCCAACCCCACCGACCUCUGACCCACACUGACCUCCAACCCCACUGACCUGUGACCCACACUGACCUCUCACCCCACUGACGUCUGACCCUCAGCGACCUCCAACCCCACUGACCUAUGACCCACACUGACCUCUCACCCCCACCAACCUCUGGCCCAUACAGACCUCCAACCCCUCUGACCCACACCGACCUCUCACCCCACCGACCUCUGACCCACACUGACCUCCAACUCCACCGACCUCUGACUCACAAUGACCUCCGACCCCACCGACAAUCCCCACGACCUCUGGCCCCUCACUGACCUCUGGCCUCACCAACCUUUCUCUCCCCUCCUUCCCGACCCUCUGCCUCUCUCUCCACAACAGCCUCUUAAACACUACUGUCGUAUCUGCCUCCACCCACACCCCUGGCAGCGCGUUCCAGGCACCCACCACCCUCUGUGUAAAACACUUGCCCCGCACAUCUCCUUUAACCUUUGCCCCUCUCACCUUAAAGCUGUGCCCUCUAGUCUGUGACAUCCCCACCCUGGGGACAAGGCUGUGACUGUCUACCCUAUCUCCGCCUCUCAUUAUUUUAUAAACAUCUAUCAGGUCUACCCUUGUCUCCCGACGUUCCAGAGACAACAAUCCAAGUCUGUCCACCCUCUCCCUGUAGCUGAAACCCUCUAAUCCCGGCAUCGUUCUGGUAAACCUCCUCUGCACCGUCUCCAAAGCCCCCACAUCCUCCCUGUGAUGGGGGCGACCAGAACUGCCCGCAAUACUCCAGAUGCAGCCCGACCCAAGUCCGAUAAAGCUGCAUGGUGACUUCCUGACUCUUGUACUCGACGCCCCGACCGAUGAAGGCCAGCGUAACGUUCGCCUUCUUUACCGCUCUGUCCACUUGGGUGGCCACUGUCAGGGAGUUGUG